AUGGCCUCCAACCGCAACUUCCUCAUUGCCGCCAUCAUUUUCGUAUCCCUUCUCGCGUGGCUGGCGAAUGCACAGCUUUCGCCGAACUUCUACGCAAGAACAUGCCCCAACAUUCAAGGCAUCGUUCGCAAUGCGAUGAUGCAAGCUGUUGGAAGAGAGUCGAGGAUGGGUGCUUCGAUACUUCGCAUGUUCUUCCAUGAUUGUUUCGUAAAUGGAUGCGAUGCGUCGGUUCUUCUGGAUGACACGGCUAUCUUCACUGGAGAAAAGACCGCUCAGCCAAACCAAAAUUCUCUGAGGGGAUUUGAAGUCAUUGACGCUAUUAAGUCCCGCGUCGAAGCUGCCUGCAAUGCCACUGUUUCUUGUGCGGACAUCCUCGCCCUUGCUGCUCGAGACGGGGUCAUCUUGUUGGGAGGACCAUCAUGGACGGUGCCUCUAGGGCGGCGAGACGCGAGGACCGCCAGCCUGAGCGGUGCCAACAGCCAACUCCCAUCACCGUCCUCCAGCCUUGCUGACCUCAUCUCCUCCUUCGCCGCCCAAGGCCUCAACGCCAGUGACAUGACCGCCCUUUCAGGGGGCCACGCCAUUGGCCUGGCCCGGUGCAGCACCUUCCGGAGCCGCAUCUACAACGACACCAACAUUGACGCCAGCUUCGCUACCAACCGGAGGACUGACUGCCCUGCCUCUGGAGGCGACACCAACCUUGCGCCCCUCGACCAGACCACGAACCAUUUUGACAACAACUACUACCAGAACCUAGUGGCACAGCGUGGGCUCCUCCAUUCAGAUCAAGAGCUGUUCAAUGGAGGAUCCCAGGACGGGCUCGUCAGGACUUACAGCAAUAGCUAUAUGGCUUUCUCGAGUGAUUUUGCGGCUGCGAUGGUGAAGAUGAGUAACAUCAGCCCACUCACCGGAACAAAUGGAGAGAUCAGAAGGAACUGCAGGGUGGUGAACUGA